CUUGGCAGGCGCAGGAAUUUCUAUUUCACGAUUACCAUGAUGAUGUUACACGGUUUUACGAACAGAAACAGCACGUAAACGAAAUAUAAAUACUGAUAUUUGUCACUCUUGUACGAUACGAAUUACACAAUUUACUAGGAAGGUGUAAUGGCACAUACUCGAUCUGCCGCCGUUGCCCUUCAGCUAGAGCAGUGUCCUUGAAGAUCUGCGUGGCGCGGACAAUUUCAAGCGAAAUUCAUAGAAUCUUCUAACAAAAGGACGUACGCGGUCGACAUAGUCUAUUCCCUUCAAAACGCCUACUCGCUCAUCAUUUUUAAUACGCUACUGUUAUGUUUUAGUUUUUGUUUGUCAUUUCUUUCAUCGAACAGGCCGAAUCGAACGAAGUAGAUGUCUAAUCCUUCAGGAGCAUUUUUUGUAUCGAGAUUAGAACUCUUUGCCGUAAUAUGAUGUUCUUGUAGGAACCACUGUCGCUGUGCUGGUGAACUACGCGCUAAUGUCUGACACCCUAGCGCUAGAAGAAUGGGGACUCGUCAGCACUCGUCGAAAAUCCCACCGAAAAAUACAACCUAUUCCGGAUUUGUUUAGUGAAAGAUUUUGCAGCUGCUCUACUUCGGGAGAGUCAGCGGGGACAAGCCGGCCAGGAGCCCUAAUUUGUAAAAGUAGACCUGGGCCUAGAUAGAACAGCCACUGUGCACGACCGGCAUUUGUCGUUCUUCUCCUAGGCCGUGCCGCAGAUCAUGUAUUCCUCCUUCUCAUACCCAGGGUCGAAGAGCGCGUCCAAGGGCGGGAGUAGUACUUACGGGAAGACCGGCAAAGGCGGGGCGGCGGCAAGUAGCUACCAGCAGGCUUACCACCUCGCCAGCGCGCAGCAGCAGCACAGCGGGUCCACGGCCUGGGCCGCCGGUGGGUAUAAUUAUCACCAGCCGGCGCACAUCAGCGGUUCCUACCUCGGUGCUGCUGGGCCAACGUCUUCGUACAUUCCGGAUAGUGGGUCGAGUGGGACGAGCGUGGGCUCGUGGCAGGCGCAGAGCCACGCAGAACUGCUGGCGGAGCUGCAAAUUCAGCAGUACAAUCACGCGGCGGCCGAGCAAUACGGAGUAGAGCAACAGGCUGGUGAGCACUCGUUGUACAGCGCGUCGCCGGAACUCCUGCAACACCAGGCGGAACAGGCAGUGGCCGCGGCCGGUGCGGUGGGGUACCCAGAUUACUCCUCCUACCUGUACAACUCAACAGGAGCUGCUGCAGCGGAACAGCAACAGCACGCCGCGUACUACCAGCAACUUUCGUCCACGGUGUCGGUCCCGCCGGGCUUCGAACCGGAAGAUUCGCAACCGAUUUGGGCGGAUCACGGGGGAGUAGAGCUGGGAGUAACAGACACCAGCACUUCUGCGCGGACUAGCGAAAAUAUUAAAGGGGAGACCACUUCUGCAGCACUACAAGGUUCUGCUGCAAGCAGGAUUUCGCUUAUUUCCGUUGGGACUUCUUCUGCGGGAUCGUCCUCCUCCUCGUCAGCAAGCGCGAGCGGGAGCGCAGCCACUUCCUCCGGCAGCUUCAGCAAAGUUACGGACCCUUCGCAAAUCAAGGAGUUCCAUCCCACGUUGAGCCACAGCCCUGCGGGGGAUUUGGUGCCGAGCUUAACGGCGGCGUUAGAAGCGUCGCCGGCGGGACCUUGUUCCGACUACAAGUAUAUGGAAGAGGAGUACAGUGCGGGAUAUCUUCCACCUCCCGAAUCAUCUUCAACCUCCGCUGAGUCCGUCGCUUCCGCGGCUGCGGCAGCGUACCACCUGAAGCAGGCAGCGCUGUACGGUAGCUUUCUGCGUGCUGCAUCUUCCCAGCACCAGGCCGCGCAACUUGCGGCUGCGGAGCACCUCGACCCGGCUACGUUUUACGCCACCGGCUUUGCUCCACCGCCGAGCGGGUCCUUGGUCCCAUCGCCGGGGCUUUUCGCGGGUGGAGCUGCAGCAGCGAACGCUGCCGCACUAGCGGCCGGGCUGAAAAACAGCGGCAAGACCACGAGCGCAUCCAAAGCCUCUUCUUCGGGAAAGCACCACAAAGGCGGAAAGCAGGGCGGAUUCGGAGGAGGUGCAGCAGCUUUUUCUUCGCACGGCGGCAAGAACGGACACAACAUGAAGGGUCCGGCGGGCGGGGCGCAUAAUGCCUCGAGCAAGCACGACCAACAUCUUGGGAAGCAGGGGGCCUACGGAAAGACCUCCUUCUCCCCUUCCGCGUCCUCUUCGAACAGCAGCUCGGCCUCGCCGGCGCCAAAUAAACCCCAGCCGCCCAGCAGCACGGCCGUCGCGAAUGCGAACUUUGUGCCCCCGAUCGGCCAGGGUGGCGUGUUGGCCACGGGUAACACCGGGUCCACGAAGGGAGCGGGCGGCAAGCACGGGAAAAAGUGGCCCCGCUACCUUCCGGAGUACCCCACGGAGGACUUUUGGAAGUACAGCAGCUUCGGCGACGUGUCAGUAUGAUAGUGCACAACUCCCCCUCCCCCUCAUUUGUAAUGCAAAAUUCCCAACUCACGCUCACGCUCAUCCUGUGCCUCCUGGCACGUUUUGCAUGACAAGUUCUGGAAGCCCAAAUAGCACUACACUCCUCCGCAAAGUUGUCAUGCAAAACCUGCAUUCUUGCUGGCACUUGUAUUGCCGUUCAUGCUAUACAAAUGAGGGGGAGGGGAUGUUGUGCACUGUCAUAGUCAGAGAGGAUUCACUACUUAGGAAUCGCCUACAGCUACCUGAACUACUUCAGUGCGCGCACGGAAGAGAUCAUGGACCGCCAACGUCAGCGCUCGCGUUUGCUCAAGAUGAUUCAGUAUACGCCACCAACGUCAACAGUCGAUGCGCGGGCUCCUUCGUCCACUGGAACUUCUGCAAGCGUCAAGAGCGACGGCAAUGCCAGUUGUGGGGCCAACAAAAUAAAUUCAAUUCCACCGGCGGAGCUCGAGGAGGGCUCCCUCUUUGGCGCUUCCGUGGACGCGGACGCCAUGAAAAAGCGUUUUGACGACCUGACGAACCGCGAGAGGGGCGCUGUGGCUGCGAAUUGGUGCGUGAUUCGGACCAUGCUCGAACUGCAGGAAGACCUGGACAGUGCCAGGUUCAUCACCUCCGGAGUACCAAACUCGUUCAAGGUCGACCAAGACAACGACGGCCGGGUACUACUUCUAUCGGAACUUUGGAGUUUCAUUUUUGCAAAUUUGCGCAGGAUUUUGAUUGCAUAAGUUUGCGCGGAUUUUUCGUCUGCUCAAUAUGUUUAGCCGAUAUCUUUUGAGGAUGUGCGGAAGCGAUUCUACAUGUACGAAAUUUUUGGGACGAAAAUAAUGAACGCAAUACAGACUGGAGCGACCCUGAAGCAGUUGGUCAGGGACUGGUCAGAAGAAGGCAAAGAAGAUACCUAAUUGAAAACAUUCGACCAAGACAGUGAAAUGUGCGCCUAGCAGCUUUACUGCGGAAGUAAAGUUCAAUAGGCUGCGGCCAGUUGCAUUUCGUUGUGCUUUGUAAGUAUACCGUAUGUUUUUGUAUCACCAUCUUUUUUUAUCUAUGACUCUCUCGCAGCGGUACAACGUGUUUUGUAUUGAGGUUGAGUGUUUUCAUGGUGAUUUCUGAGCGCGACCUGGCCUACAAACCGUUGCUUGACGCACUGGAGAAAUAUUUACCGCUUACCGAAGAGAUGAAGAGCGGGGUGGCGGAUCCACGCGACCACUACCGCGUCAGCGUUCCUGGAUGCGGGCUCGCCAGGCUUUUGUUUGAGGUAGCAAAUAAUUUUCUGUUCUCAUCAUGUUGAAUGUCAUGCAGCAUGCAGUAUCAUGUCGCACAUUUUUGAGAAUUAUACCACUCAGCCGCUCUCUGCUGAUCAUUAUCAAGAAUCACAAUGAAUCGCUGCAGGUUGUGAACCGAGGGUAUUGUGGUGAGGGAAACGAGUUUUCUUGGCACAUGAUGAUGAUGGGCGACUUCAUCCUAAAUUGCUGCGACGAACCGAAUAUGUACACCAUAUACCCAUGGGCGACGUCAUACAAGGAAAAGAUCACGGACGAGUAAAUAAAUAUAACAUAGAGUAGUUUUUUUUCGAUUAAGGUCGCACGCAGUGUACUCACGGAGCUCCCUCCUAUCCGUGUAUAAUUAUCUGGUCGUCAUGUAUUGUAGGUAUAGUAGCGCCAUAGAUCAUAGAAGUGGAAGUGCAUGUAGCAGUGUCUAAAGGGCCUCUUUAAAUCCAUUGCCAUACGUUCUUUUACCAGGGGUCGGCUGAAAGGCAUCCGGAUUCCGGAUGUGUCAGUGCUCCGGGAACUGACCAACCCGAAGCGCACCCUACCCGUGGUCGGCUUCGGGAUGGCGUCCGGGGACUUCACUGAGAUUUACGGGCGCGAGUCGCAGGUGGGACAGUGGGACGCGGUCCUGACCUGCUACUUCGUGGACACCGCGCGCAACAUCUUUCUCUACAUUCGCACCAUCGCGAAGAUGCUGCGGUCCGGCGGCGUGUGGGCGAACCUGGGGCCGCUGUUGUGGCACUUCGCGGAGACGCCGUAUCAAAUGUAAAAGUGUCUGGCUCUGGAAGAAUGCAACUUGUCAUGCUGAUUUUGGAUUCUAAAAAAAUCUGUAUUGCAUGAGCAGCAAAGAGAGUCCAAGUUUUGCUACACGGAAAGAGCAUUUGUCAUGCGGUAUAGGCAUCAGGAAGCCCUCACAAAAUCUGUGACGCUAGGGCAUGCAUCACAGACAUCAGGAGUCAUGCGAAAUGUGCAUGACAAACCUGGCAAUCUUCCAGACCCAGACAUUUUUGCAUUUGAUAUGCCGGAGCAGCACUCGAUCGAGGUGUCGUACCACGAACUUAUGCUCGCGGUCCGCAUAUCUUAAUGAAAAAUCCCCCCUCGCCAUACUAAAACGGAGAUUUGUGUAGCGUGAUUUGUGACCACAAAUCAUGUUGUCAUGCUAGAAGGCAAAAGAUGCGGACUGUAGUGCUGGCUGGCGUGGGAAAGCCUUUCAUCUUCAGCAUGCCAGGAGGCAACUGGAAGUGGGAAACAGCAUGACAAACUUCCUGCAGUCCAGGCCAAGACUGCGCUUCUUGGCCUUCUAGCAAUACAAGGCUAUAAUUUGUGUACGCCAAUCCAGCAUCACAGAUGUCUCUUUCGAUAUGGGGAGGGGUGAUUUUUCCUCGCAAUGCCGCAAGUACUUCGUGAUUCGGGAGGAUCGCGACGUCCCCGUGGGACCGGGCUACAACUUCGACGACAACAGCACGCGCAACAACCGGUUUCGCCCAAAGCUCUUCGUGGGCAUACGCAACAAGAAACCGGUCAAGGGGGAGAGCAACCCGGUGUACAACGAGGAAAUGUAGUCGUGAACGCAAAUAACAGAGGACUCAUCUGGACGAAAUCGUGUUUUAGAAAGUUUUUAAAACUAUAGGACGAGCAGGACUACACGACCGGGAAGAACAGCGACACCACUGAAGUCAUAUUGAUACAAAACCCUGUAGAUACAAGUAUACACAUCAUCAAAAUACAUCUUGGCAGCGAUUUUGCAAACGAAACAGAGUAGGAGCAGCAAAGAGUAAAUUUCUCAUGUGAAUGUUACUUGCUGGCACCGUUCGUUUGCGUUUCCCUUUCUUUUGCUCAAGACUCUGAUGUAGUACCGCCCCCCAGAUAUUCUUGAAGAAACUACCCUUUCCCUUUCAAUCGUUGCAGCUCAGCCUGUCUUGCGAAGGCACUGGAUCAGGCGAGCACUGUACAAUUCAAGUCUGGUCCUCUGCUCUUUCACAUGUCGAGUUGGGUAUUUAUUUUGCCACGACGACCAUGAUCCUCGUCAAGCUCUUGCUUAAGCGGCUUAGACAGGGACGAUGGUACUAUCUGCGCUGCACGAACAAACUGGAAUAAUUUCGUUGUCGCGAAGCAAAAUAAAAAAGCUCAUGCUCGUCCGUCACCGCACCCCCGCUGUGAAGAAUCACCCACAGUAGACGGGUGACAUCCAGAGAAUGUGCAUGUAUUGAUUCCUUGCUCGUGACGAGACCGGAUGAAGCCGGUCAGCCGGACGGGGGCUCCGGCGGGACGGGCCAUCACAACUCUAAAUUACCUUGUCUUUGUAGUUCUACUCGACGUAACGCUGUUGAAAGUCUGACAGGCAGAAGAGCAUAGAAAACAAACUACAGCGAUAUAAUUCUUGAAUGAUUCAAUUUUCACACUCCGAUAAGCUAGCUUCGAAAGCGGAGUGAUAUUAAAGAGCUAGCUGUGCCUCUUGUCGUGUAAAAGGCACCUACUUUACUGUAUCGAGAUACCACGACAGCACUAAUUCGACUUCUUUGUAUAAAACUGCAUUUAAGAUAAGGGAUGUUAAAUGCGAAAGCGAACAAUCUAGAAGGAGACAAACGAUCUGCAUAAUCGAACCUUCACUUUUUAGCACAAUCGAAUUGAACGACAAAAU